AUGGAUGACUGUUAUCACAAUAAAAGAGAUGAAGUAGUUCCUUUUAACCAGAAUAAGACGAUUCUAGUCACUGGAGGAGCAGGCUUUAUUGGUUCGCAUUUGAUAAGAUAUUUAUUGGAUCUUGGACAUAACGUUAUUUCUAUCGACAAUUAUUUUUCUGGUAAAAAACAAUCUUUAGAAAAUUUUAGACACCAUCCAAAAUUUGAGAUGAUUCGCCAUGAUAUCAUAGAACCAAUUAGAAUAGAAGUUGAUGAGAUAUACCACUUGGCAUGCCCUGCAUCUCCUGUUCACUAUCAAAGAAAUCCAAUAUACACAAUGAAAACAUGUUUUUUAGGAACAAUGAAUAUGUUAGGUCUAGCAAAGCGAUCAGGUGCAAAGAUUGUUGUUGCAUCAACAUCAGAAAUAUAUGGAGAUCCACUAAUUCACCCACAACCUGAAUCAUAUUAUGGUAAUGUAAAUUGUACAGGAACUAGAAGUUGCUAUGAUGAAGGCAAAAGGAUAGCUGAGUCAUUAUGUGUCGAGUAUUACAGACAACAUAACGUUGAUGUAAGAAUAGCCAGGAUAUUUAAUACAUUUGGACCGAAUAUGCUUUGUAAUGAUGGUAGAGUUAUAUCUAAUUUUAUAACUGAAGCACUAAACAAACAACCAUUAUCUAUAUAUGGAGAUGGCACUCAAACCCGUAGCUUCUGUUAUAUUUCUGAUCUAGUUAGAGGACUUUACGAAUUGAUGAAUAUUGAUAGAUCUAAUAUCCAAGGAGAUUCCCCAUUUAAUUUGGGAAAUCCGAAUGAGAUAUCAAUUCUUAAAUUGGCAAAUAUAAUAAGGGAUACAAUAGAUCCAUCUUUAGAAUUUUGCUUCAGAACUAUUCCCUCAGAUGAUCCGAAAAAAAGAAAACCAGAUAUAUCUAAAGCAAGGGAUAAGCUUGGGUGGGAACCAGAAGUUUCUUUUGAAGAAGGUUUAAAGUUAACCAUAGAAGAUUUCAAAAUGAGAUUCACAGAUUCCAAUAAUGACCCAUCUAGUAUUAGUCCUAUGCAUCAAAUUGAAGCUCAUCUGAUAAUACCAAAAUAG